CCCUCGUUGCCAGUGAUCCCUGAUUAUUCGUAGAGACCGGAACUAAUAUUGCUGUGUGCCUUAAAAAUAAAAUUUAUAUAUUCAAGAUGAACUUGUGCUUGCUAUUUUGGCUGCUGACUUUCCUGACCAUCGGAAAUGGUCACAUUUACCUGGAUAUGGUCACUGUGGAGGUGCCCACCGAUGAGUUUAACGACGAGUCGACCUCUGGACUGAAGAUGUACUCUACUGGGGCAGAUUAUAAUCAACACAAUGCUGCUGGCAAAGAGGAUGACUCCUUCCUGGGCACCACAUUCUUCCAGGGUCCCCGGAAGCAGUGCUUCACCUCUGAUGAGAUAGCUUUGCUGCGUGCCCGUCAGGGUUUUGAAUGGUUGGUACCAAAGACAUAUCCCAAAUAUCUAUCGAACAACAAUAUUGUUCAUAUGCUAAUCCGUUACUGGAAUGUUGUCAAUCAAAUUGUAUAUCAUAUGACCGAUGACGAUACCGAAUCCCUGGUGGAGGAAGCCUUCUAUGACACAUUGGGGGCAUAUCUACGCUACCAUCUACUGCCCAUGGCCCAGGUUUCCUUCUAUGCCGGUCGUCUGACUCUCAACACCGUGGAGAAUUUGUUGAACGUAAAACGGGAGUGCCAUGAUCUGCUCAAAACAGAUGGAUAUGGUUGGCGUAUGCCUGGCAUUAUGAAUAUUACGGAUCAACUGAAGGGUCUGAAGAUAGAGCCAGCCAAGCUGGGAUUUGAGGUAAUUAAAGAUGGCACCAACAUUUGCAAUCAGUUGGAUCUGGGUGACAAUUCCGAUAAGGGUCGAAUGCUUUGGCUAUUGCCGAAUCUAGAGCCAGUGGAUGACAAGGGUUAUUUGACCAAUAUAUAUCUUCCCUUUCGCGAGAAACGCAUGUACAGCCUCCGUUCGUCCAGCUCUGCCUCCCAGCUGAAGCGUUUCCUGAACACCAUAGCCGCUUGUCAUACUUAUAUGGAUGUUAGUCCCAAACAUUAUAACCACAUGCUACUCGACUGGAUACAGGAGUUUGUGCCCCAACACUUGGCUGACGAACAGUUCUAUCCCGGUCUCGUUGGAAUCCUACAGAUUCAGGAGAGUCUGCUGCAGGCCAGCCGAGAGGAAGUCAAAGAUGAAUAUGAUUCGGGGAAGCCGCAACGCUCCAUUCAUUUUUGGGCGGCAAACGAUGAACAAGAACUGGAGAAUCCGUAUAUGGAUGAAAGGCUGUACAUUGCAGCAUCCAUAGUGCUCAGUGUAAUUUUCCUAUCAGUAGCGAUAAUUCUUCACUGCACUCGCAUCUGUGGCAAGAAAAGGAAUGAAGACAAUUCAUCCCAGGGAACCGAAGAAAUUGAGUUGGUUGAAGUCACCACCACCGUGGUUAAACCCAAGCGAGUCAAGAAGGAGAAGAAGGUCAAGAUUGAGACACCAAAGUCGCCGCUUAAAAAAUCGAAUGAUAGACGUUACUAUGGCCAUACGGCUAGAUCCAUGUCGAAUGAUGAUCGUUCCACCUCUACAUUGGGUUAUCAGCUGAAGCACAAGGUUAUGCCAAUUCGCUUUGAUAAUAUCCCCUUGGAGAGUGUCCGCAAAAGCUACAAAUAUUCGCCUUUGUCAUCGCAGCACGAGUUGCAAACGUGUCAGUGUCAGAAAAAGAAAAAGUCAAGCCGUGGAAAGUAGGAGUCUGGGUUCAUUAUCAGGCACACACCACAGGAUAACAGGAUCACAGGAUCAUAGAAUCAAUACCAUACCAGUUUUUUUUUACCCUCCUAUAUACCUUUGGAACAUCCAUCCUCUGUAUUUUGAGGCAUCUUAUAUGGAAUGUUCAUUGUUUAUUUUAUACAACGCACAAAUGUUUCCAAAUUGUAACAGAGUUCAAAUUAAAAAUGUUAAACCUCCAA